UAUAUGCAUCAAAACUUUCGAAAAUGGAAUUAAAUUGAAAAUUCAUGACAAAAUCAUACACAAAUCGGUGCAAUUAAUAGUAAUUUAUCCUUAAUAUUUCCUUUUAAGUUUCUUAGGUUUAUCUCCUCCUGGUCAACACCAACUUAAGUAUUUAACUUGGUUCGGACAUCAGAGCUUCAGACAAGAAAGGAAAAAAAAAAAAAAAAAAAAAAAAAAAAACAUACUCCAUCAGUCAGCCAUAACUUGACACCAUAUCUGCUAAACCCCUCAAACUUGAGCCCGAGCUCAAGCAACAAUGGCGAUACUCCCAACUGAUUUAAUCGCCAUUAUUCUCUCUAAAUUACCUGUCAAAAUCCUACUCCGUUUUCUAUCCGUCUGCAAAUCCUGGAAUUCCUUAAUUAAAACCCCCAAUUUCAUCAAACUUCACCUCAAUCAAACCCUAAUUUCCAACUCCGAACGUCAUCUUCUUCUCUACUACCCUUUUCUAUAUUCUGCAGAGCUCGACACCCACCAUGACCAAAUCACCUUCUCGGAGCUCCACCACCCUCUCAACCCUCAGCAAGUUCACCUCUUUGGCUCCUGCAAUGGCGUCAUUUGCAUCGCCGAUCCCUCCAAAACCGACAUUGUCUUGUUCAAUCCGAUCAUCAAAUCGUACCGUAAUCUCCCUGUUAAUCAAAUUUCUGAACCUAAUCUUGGUUAUAUGUUGUUUGGAUUUGGGUACGAUAGUAAGAACGACGAUUACAAGGUUUUGUGUUUGGUUCAGGGGUUUACAGCUAACCAGGUUUUCUUCACUGAAGCGAAAUUGUAUAGUUUGAACAACAAUUCAUGGAAAUCUGUUCAAGGUAUCUCAUUUUAUAUCCUUUAUGCUGAUUGUCAUGGUAUUCUUGUUAAUGAGGCUUUACAUUACAUGGUGAACUCCAAUGAAGUGGGUGGUUUAGAAGGUAAAUUCAUUGCUAAGUUUGAUCUUCAGACUGAGAGUUUCUCGCUUAUUGAUUGCCCGAAAUUGGUUGAUGAGAGUGAGAGUAAUUUGAUGAUACAAAUAACAGAAUUGGGUGGGUGUUUAUGUGCUAUGGUGAAUUAUCAUAAAGUAAUUAUACUGGAUGGUCUGAAACGUGUCGAUUUUUGGGUAAUGAAGGAGUAUGGAAACAAAGAGUCUUGGGUUAAAUUGUGUAGUAUUGGCCAGGAUUGUAUUAGGAGUAAUUUGCAGAUCAAGCCUAUUGUUUACUCCAAAGAUGGGAAAAGGAUUUUUCUGGAGAUAGACUCUUUGAAGUUUGGUUGGUAUGAUUUGGAGUCCAAUAAUGUUGAUAAAUUUACACCUCAUGGACUGCCCGGGGGAGCUUUGGAGACGGCGAGUUUUGUUGGCAGCCUUGUUUUGAUCGGAAAUGAGCUGUGUUCCGAAAAGGAAACCUUGCCAAAGAAGAAGAAAAUUUCUGUGGAUAAUUUUCUGUCUAUGGGGUUCAAGCUGAGGCUAUGACCUAAUUGAAGAUGUUACUGCUGGGAAUGUGUUUAGAAUUGUGUAAUAUGGCUAAGGCGACGAUUAGAGCCCUACCUUUUAUGAUUUUUACAUGAAGAGACAGAGAAAAGGGCCAUUGCAAGGAUGUGGAAGCAUUUCUUGUUGUAAAUUUAUUAAUAUAUACCAUCUGUAGUACUUAUGGUGAAAACUUCUAUUGGGGAAAACUUUAUGCUACUUAAUCUGCUA